GUAGGGUGGAAGGAUGAGAGGGUGAGAGUGAAGUCAAAGUGUUUUAUGUGUUGAAGUUAUGGGUUCGUCGUCGUCUAAAUUGCGGAAAUACAUGCACAAUGGCGACGAGUUCGCGGCUAUGCAGUUGUACCAAAGUUCACCGGAGCUCCGUAAAAUUUUCAACCCGAAUGCGAGCUACGGCGAGUCCUAUUCACAUAACACUGCGCUUCACUAUGCUGCCAUGCAUGGGAUGAAACAUUUGCUCAGAACUUUCUUAUGGGAGCUGAAUGGAGAUCCGAGGAUGAGAAACGGAGAUGGACAGACGAGUCUUCAUUGUGCGUGUCAAGUGUCGGGUCAACCCAAGUCCUUGUCGACGCAGGAAAGACGCACGGCUUGCGUUCUCAUCUUGCUGCAAUGGCUGAAAGACCCAAGACCGAAUAUGGAGACGAUACACCAAAUCAGCGAUGACCUUGAAAAAUUUGACAUAUCUUCGACGGAUAACCUAGGGAACACUUGUUUGCAUUAUGCAGCCUGCAGCGGCUUGGCCCGAGCCGCGGAAGCUUUAGUGAAACGCGGGGCUUCUUUAUUCGUUACGAAUGCUGAGGGACGAACUGCGUGUGAUUUAGCCGCGGAAAUGGGUCACACCCGGGUUGCUCAUUUGUUGGAAUCAUUUAUGGUUUUGGUUGAUUAUUUGGACGUGCGGUUAGGGAAACCGGAAAAAGAUGACGAAAAGUUGAGCAUGGAAUUACAGCGACUGAGAAAAAGAAGCGUAAAUACUAACGGAGAAACUGGGAAAGAGGAUACGACUGAAGAGGAAUUGGAGGAGAAAGGUGAGGAGUUGUAUCGUGGUUUGCGGGCAGUAGAUCUUCAGGAAGCGAAGGAUCUUUUACUAGUGGAAACAUCCGACAUGUUGAACGUUCCUUUGUUUAGCGCUGAAAUUCUUCUGCGACAACAUGAAUGGUCGAGGGAAUCUCUGCUGGAACAUUGGGUGGAAAACAUGGCGGCGUGUUGCGAAGCUGCUGGAAUUCAGCCUCCUCCGCAAACGUGUCUCGACAAGUCUCAUGUUGAAUCGGAAGUUCCUGGUGCAGUGGUGAGCGAAGUAUUUUGCGGAGAUGCUGAUAAUGCACUUGAUGAGGACGCUUUCCAAGAUGCUUGCGAAAUUUGCAUGAACGGAACGAGCAACGAGAAACCAUUUCUCGCGGCACCCUGCGGACACGGGUUUUGCCAGGACUGCUGGAGUGCGUACCUCAAGUGCAGGAUCGUGGACUUUGGGUACCCGUCUCAGGGCUCUGGUAUCCCGUGUCCCGCGUUCGAAUGUACUGCUCCAGUACCUGCGGAACUCGUUCAACGUGCCGUCUCGCCAUCCGUGGUGAAGAAAUACUUGCAACACGAUAUCCAGGCUUUUGUCGAGAGUCAUCCGAUGAUCAAGUGGUGUCCAAAACCUGGCUGCAACAGAGCCGUGCGAAUACCGAAUUCCUUAGUCAAGUGCCAAACCUCGUGUUGCGAAGCUGACGUCGACGGCGAAACGAUGACGUUUACCUUUUCCAGCGAAAGCUCUAGCUCGUUACUUGCUGCAAAAGAAUUGAAAUUGUCCCACGCAGUCGACUGCGGAGCUGGGCACUACUUUUGUUGGGAAUGCUUGGGAGAGGCUCAUGCUCCGUUGGGCUGCGAGAGGUGGAAAGAAUGGCUGGACAAAUGCAAGGACGUUGGAGAUGAUGAAGUUGCCAGUGCGGGUGCAACAGCUGCUGAAGAAGCUGCCAAUUCCUUGUGGCUCGUGGCCAACUCAAAACCCUGUCCCAAUUGCCAUUCCCCGAUCCAAAAGAACGACGGAUGCAAUCACAUGAAGUGCUCAAAGUGCAAGCACGACUUUUGCUGGGUCUGUCUGGACUCGUGGAAGCGCCACAGCGCGAAAACUGGCGGCUAUUUCCACUGCACGCGGGUGGUGGCUGUAGCGAAGGCCACUGCGGGCCAGACGGAGCGACUCAAGGAGGCGGCGGUGCGGAAUUUUGCUGCCAGAGAACGAGCGCGUUUCCUUUGUCACCUGGCCAUGUUUCGUGAGACGAAGACCAAGCUGAGUGCGGAGUCGGGACUGGGCCCCAAGAUUCGGAACAAGGCGCAAAUUAUCGCCGCCAUGGUUCCGGUGCAUGUCCGGUCCGAGGUGGAAAACCUGCCUUCGUUUCGAGUCGUGGAGCGGAAGCGGAAUGGCGGUGAUAAGCCCGCUAUUCCGCAAUCAGAACUACUUUAUUUUCUGGAUUCUGCGCUGAAAGAAGUUCUGAAGUGUCGCUACAUCUUAUGUGGAGCAUAUGCGUAUGGCUACUAUGUAGAAGACAGAGGAUACAGCAAGACUGUUUUGGAUUUUCUGGUGAACGAGCUGAAAGACUGGACCGAGAAGCUUUCGAGUGUCCUCUCUGGACCAUACAUUCAAACACCGUUGAGCAAGAUAAUUCGAAUGACGGCAGUGGGCAGACAGAGACGGAAAGAUCUCUUAUGCACUGUGGCUCGUGGCUUAGGACCCCCUGAUACACCUCCAGUCUUGAGACGAAUGGGGGUGGGAAUGACCUAUGUUGCAUUUGAACAACGUAGACUUUCCGGGUUCUUCGGCUUAGACGAUUCGUCAAGAUUUCUCGAGAAGUUGAGGAAGGACUGGUGCCGCUCGAAACUGAAGAAACAAGCCGAGGACGGCAACUGUCGCCUCAACCCGCAAGACCCCUGGAUCAAAGACGCGAACGGACGCCACGCCAACUGGGUCGCCCUCUGUGACUGGGACGACUCUGAACAAUCUUGUCUGUCUCGGUGUCGAGCCGCCGCCUUGGCUGUCAGCGAGGCGGUGGCGGCACGGGCGGAGGAUUUGAUGCUGGAGAGCGAUGUUCCGCCGCCUUUGCCGCCGAAAGUCUCUAAAAUGGUCGAAAGAAGAGCAAUGACGGAAGACUCGAACGACGCGGAUAACGAAGAAGGUUCCGUGUCGUCCGCGUCACCUGCUGCCGAAUGGACGGUCGAUGCCCUGCUCAAGUCCCUGACCAUCGACGCCGUCGACCUCAAGAACUUUUGCCCCUCUGGCCCGGCCAAGGACAAGCUCAGCAAGUCCACUCUGCUCGCGUCGCCGUCGCAAAAGCCCAUGGCGGCGUCCCAGCCUUCGUCGCCGAACUGCGACUCGUCGUUGGCGUCUGCGUUUCUCUGGCCGCCGGGGCGGCGGGAAGCGAAACUGACUCGGAGCCAGCCGUGUUCUCCGCGAGGACUCGUUGAAGGCGGUCUCAAGUAUGGCACGAAUCCGAGGAUUCGGAUCGUGAGCCAUUCUGAAAGCUCUCAGGACUUGGAAUCGGAGACGGGGAUCCCGAAAUCUCCGACCUUGUUCAUUAGGUCGUGGCCGUCGUCACCAGCGACUGCAGUCGUCACUGUGACGUCUACUUCCGGGGAGACCAAGUUUAGGUUUCCGGAAAAACGGGCACCGAGAAGACGGAGAACCGUGUUGGGAAUGGAUGUGAGAGGGGAGGCGAGGAAUAACAAGUUGGAUGCGUUUGGAGCGGAUUUGUUUGGGUUGCAUAAUUACCGGAGUGCGAGUGACUCGCAGUGCAUUCAUCAGAUUUCUGGAGCGGAAGCCUCAUUGUCUUCAGUCCUUCUCGUCGAAGAAAGCACUUUGAGUUCCGACGACUUCCACGAAGCCCUCUUCCUCACUUCGAAGCGGAAAAAGUCUCGGAAAACGCGGGAAAGACACGGGAAGCGUGGCGGCAGUGGCGGUGGUGCUUCUGGCGAGGUACGACGCCGUCAGCGGCGGCGGCGAUCCUCACUCGGCGCCCAACACGUCAACGUCGAUGUUCCCGCUGCUCCGAAAUCCCUGAGUAGUGGGGAUCUUGUUGCUGCUGCACCUGUUCCAACUUGUGCCUGACGAGGGAAAAAGGCAUAAAUAAUUUGCAAAAAAUCUAAAAUCAUAAAAAAGUGUGAAUUUUUUUUUUUUUUACUGCAAGGAAAAAAAAUAUGGUGUCUGAUGUGAUUUUUCGUGUGUUCAACGUACUGUACCUUAUUUCCGGUUACAGUUCUAUGGGAUUGAUCUCUUGUUUCAUGGCUUUUUGAAUCGCGGUGAUUUUUAAAUGUGUUCCCGUUUCUAAAUGUUGGUGUUUUCUGGCUAAAUGUUUGAAAAGUGUGCGUGAGAAAAUCACGUCGAUUAUGAGCUUUUUCAUUGAAGUCUGACAGAGAACUGCUCGAAUUUUCGUACAGGUUGAUUCACGCGCUACUAGGCGCAUGAAAGUGUCAAUUUUUGAGGAAAUUCAAAACAGAUUUUCAUGAAAUUUUGGGUGAAGUACUACUGAAAGAAGGAAAUCCCUAAACCGCUUACUCAAGUGCUAUUGUAUUUUAUUCAUUUAGUCUUGGUGAAGACUUUUUCACCUUCAGCACAAAUUUCAUAAUUACUGUAUGUACUGUCUUAGUAAUUUCCUAGGAUUUCGAUGUUUUUGUGGGUCAAAGAGCAAAUGAAUCAUCCUGUGCCAAAAGAAAAGUUGAUGAAGAUAUCCUCUUUUAUAUGUUUUAUAUGCAGUAAACAUUGUGUUCAUUUUUCGAAAUCCCAUUCCGAAACGCGUUUUGAAAGCGGGCGAUUUUAUGACAAAGCAACUGUUCAGUUCUCCCACCCAGGUCACAUUGAGACUGAAAUGAUGUCCGUUAAUAAUUCCGGGAAAGUCGAUCUGCUUUUGAUGGAAUGGUGUGAUGAAAAUUGAUUCAAAUACGGUAAAAACUGGAGAAUUCGCGAGGAAUACGAGUUGUUGGUUCAGAAACAUGUCACUUGUUUGUUGUUCAAAUGGGAAAAAAUGACGGAAAAUCCGCAUAUAGCAUGCAAGUGUCGUGCGGAAGGAAAUCGUAUCAUUUCAUUAUAUACGCGUAAUUUUUUGAUUGGAAGUGUGUUGAUCGGUUUCUUUUAAUGAUUUUAAUUUUUUUGGCGAUGCGAAAGAAACCCCGUUCAAAAAGGGGGGAAAAAGAAAUGUGAACGAUCUCAACUUGUGGAAAACGUGUUCAUGCCGAAUUUGCUGUGAAAUCAUUUCUGUACUUGGAUGAGAAACGUUUUUUCGUCAUCCUACCGUGCGAUGCUUUUGUGUUCAUGGGAAGAAUUCAUUGGAUUGUUUUGUUUCUUCCCGGUGAAAGCGUUUGGAAUCUGUUUCACCGAUGCUUUGAUGGGAAUCUUCAUUGUGUGGCGAAGAUGGAAGGUCAUUUUUCCUGAUCAGA